AUGGACCUGAAAGAAGAGGCGCCAAUCGACGUCGUCGAAGAGUCGGCCCCUGGCGAGGCAAGCGAUUCGGAAAAGAUUGACGUUGAAACGAUAGCUCCACGAGACGAAAACGGAACGUUGCUCGACGAAUGCCGGAUCUUGUUAUCAAACGUCCCCAAAUUUCUGGGCUACAAGGGGCUAAAGUCGUUCUUUGCAAAGCAUAUCCCGAAUUUUGGAUACAAGAAAGUGCGGCAAGUCGGGAAUAUCGUUUACGUUUCGUUCGACCAAGCGGAGGAGGCGAAACGGGCCGUUGAGAUUCUAGACGGGCAAGUGUUGAAGAAAUCUACACUAAAGGCUCGAGCCGCCCCGACCGAUUUGAAGAAGACUAUUGAAAAGCCGUCCUCGACCUUGCAACUCGCCGACCCGGAAUCCCUCCGCGCGAAGACAGCCAAGUCGAUUGUAUCGCCGCUGGCGGAUCUGCCGUAUCCUGAGCAAAUAACGAAGAAACAUGAAAAAUCUCUGGAUGUGGCGCUGAAGCUGACGCGAACUAUGCAGCACCAACAGUCGCUGGCAAAAGAUCGGGAUUUGAGGAAACUUGUGAAAGAGGUUGUCCCAUCGGCCAUCUAUUCGCACUACCGUAACAAGAACGAGUUCACCGUUGGCCAUGACUUGGACGGCCAAAUUUGCGUCGGAUUUGUGGGCGGGAAAUUUUCGGAGAACAAGCACUUUGUAAUCCCGCUCGGAGAAUGCAAUCUGAUGUCGACACAGACGCGGAAAAUCGUCGAAGAUUUUCAGGAGUUUGUGGGCGAGAGUGGGCUGGCCCCCUUUGACGAAUUUGCGCGGGUCGGAACCUGGAAAAUGUUGACGAUUCGGGAAUUCAGCGGUGAUGUCAUGAUGAUCGUCACGCUGUUCCCAUUGGCUACUGAGGAAAAAUUCUCCGAAGUCAAGGAAGCGCUAGCCGCGAGGUAUAUAAAUCUGGAGACGCUGAGAACCAAGGGAUUCCGGGUCACAUCGCUUUACGUCUCGGUGAUGGAGCAUGCAGGCGAUGUGCUGAAGUACGACCUUGUUGCUGGCGCUCCCUACAUUUACGAGACGAUCCUCGGGUGCCGGUUCCGUGUUUCCGCCGGCGCGUUUUUCCAGACGAAUACGGUGGCAACGGCUACCCUCUACACACAAAUAGCCAAGCAAUGUGGCCUCUACAGAGAAGUCUCCGAACAACCAUACAAGACACAAGAAAACGUAACAGAUGAUGCGCAACCGGCGGAGAAGCGGAUGAGGCCCGCGGAAAAUGGAGAAGAAGCCAAGAAAAUGGUGCUUUUGGACAUUUGCUGUGGAACCGGGACGAUAGGGCAGACGAUUUUGGCCAACUACCCUCAAGAAAACGCGUUCUGCAUAGGUGUCGAAAUCGUUGAAUCGGCGGUGGCGGACGCGAAAAUCAACGCCGAGGCAAAUAAGCUCGCGGAUCGAUCCUGUUACAUUGCGGCGAAGGCCGAGGACGCGUUCCGCUCAAUCAAAUAUUACCUCCCGCCCGGGUUCACGCUCGAGAAUUCUGAGUUCAUUGGUGUGCUCGACCCACCGCGAGCCGGUCUCCAGAAUUCGAUCGUUGUGGCAUGUAGACAGCUGGACACGCUGAAAAGGCUCGUCUACGUCUCCUGCGAUCCGGCGAACGCCAUGCGCAAUUUGAGCGACUUAUGCCGACCGACGUCGAACAAAUUCGGCGGGGUGCCCUUCUCGAUCGAGACGAUCCAGCCGGUCGACCUGUUCCCCCAGACAGCACACAUCGAAUGGGUCGUCACGCUUGUACGC